CUCAUUCCUCCCGAGAGCUCCCUCUUCUCUGCUAUGGCUCGCACGAAGCAGACGGCGCGCAAGUCCACCGGCGGCAAGGCGCCCCGCAAGCAGCUGGCCACCAAGGCGGCCCGCAAGAGCGCGCCGGCCACGGGCGGCGUGAAGAAGCCCCACCGCUACCGGCCGGGCACCGUGGCGCUGCGCGAGAUCCGCCGCUACCAGAAGUCCACGGAGCUGCUGAUCCGCAAGCUGCCGUUCCAGCGGCUGGUGCGCGAGAUCGCGCAGGACUUCAAGACCGACCUGCGCUUCCAGAGCUCGGCCGUGAUGGCGCUGCAGGAGGCGUGCGAGGCCUACCUGGUGGGGCUGUUCGAGGACACCAACUUGUGCGCCAUCCACGCCAAGCGCGUCACCAUCAUGCCCAAGGACAUCCAGCUGGCGCGCCGCAUCCGCGGGGAGCGCGCGUAAACCUGAGACUCAAAAACAACUCUACCCACAAAGGCUCUUUUCAGAGCCCCUCCAUUGUCACCAAAAGCAGCUGUUCACUUUAAGCCACGAGAAAGCCUAAGAAAGAUGGGCGUUUUAUGAAGCCCUUACACUUAGGAAGAGCUUUUCUGUUAUGUAAGAUCAACUUUAUUACAAGUAGCCCUUGCUCGUUUAUUUUGCACAGUGAAGAGCUGUACCAGUAAAGGUGAAAAGUUACAACUUGGGCUAUGUGUGCGAGGCAGAGUAAAUUCACGGGUGUAAGUGAUUUCAAAAGCUCAUUUACAUGCCUAUCACAGGAAGGCCAAAACACUGAGCUUUUAUCUGUUGUGUAACAUAUGAAUACUUAAACUGUUCUGUGUCAGGGUAAUGAUGACCACGAA